AUGGGCGACCAGGACUUCAACACCCCCCAGUCCCUGGGUCGCCCGUCCGACGAGGCUCUGAGCAAUGCCGCGCUCAAUUCGACCGCUGGCGCCUCACAUCAUGAUGACGAACAUGCUUCAGAGUCACGGCCUGAGUCUCCUUUGCCAGACACACCGCCAAGCGAUUCCGGCGCAAAGCCACAGGCGCCCAUGCAGAAGCGACGGAGGGUGACGAGAGCCUGUGACGAAUGCCGGAGAAAGAAGAUCAAGUGCGACGGUAAACAGCCGUGUACACAUUGCACGGUCUACAGCUACGAGUGUACCUAUGACCAGCCUUCUAACAGGAGGCGGAACCCGGCGCCGCAGUACAUUGAGGCCCUCGAACAACGACUUCAAAAGGCCGAGUCGAUAUUGCGCACUGUAUUACCGGGACUUGACCUGGACGAUCCCAAGUUUGACGCUCGCAGUGUCGAGCAGCUGAUCGAGCAUAGCCGGCCAAAAGCAAAUGUCAGUGGUGAAGGACGAGCGCCCUCGGAGGCCGCCAAGCCUGACGACGAUGCUCAACUCCAGUCGAUGGUCGAUAGAACCGGUGCGCUGGACCUUGACGACCACGGUAACUGGGAUUUCCAUGGCCACUCGUCCGGCUACGUCUUUAUGCGGAAGUUCCGCGCACAGUUUGGUGACCAGUUCCUGUCGGAGUAUGAGCGUCCCCGCAAAAAUCGAACGAUAGCCCAGAUCCUUGAGUCUCCCAAAUCCGCCCACUCGUCACCGAUAGAUUUCAACCUCCCUCCUCACGUUGACCUUCCUCCCAGAGAUGUGGCCAUCGAUCUAUGCCGCAAUACGUUGGACGAUGCCUGUGCUCUCAUGCGGCCGAUCCACCGACCGACCUUCUUCAAACGACUUCAUUCGGUCUACGACACCGAGCCCGACCAAUACAACAACCACCACGUUCAAUUCCUGCCGCUGCUCUAUGUGGUUCUGGCUGUUGGUUGCCUGUUCUCCAAAACCGAAAACGAGAACACGGUGCUUGAUAUCAAGGGUUACAAGGAAGCAAUCGAGCAAGGAUACCAAUACUUCAGCACCGCCAAGCAGCUCCUCGACAUCACAGACUGCAGGGAUUUGGUCACGAUUCAGGCCAUUGUCUUCAUGAUAGUUUUUCUCCAGUCCUCGGCGAAGCUACCCAUCUGCUAUGCCUACAUUGGCAUUGCAUUGAGGGCUUGCUGUCGGUUGGGCCUGCACCGUAACCUGCCCACCAAAUUCAACCCUAUCGAGUCCGAGGAGCGCAAGCGGAUCUUCUGGCUUGUACGGAAGCUGGAUGCCUAUGUGGGUGCAGCACUCGGACUUCCCCAGAUGUUGAGUGACGAAGAAAUCGACCAAGAAUACCCUUCCGAGGUUGACGACGACUAUAUCACCGACCAAGCUAUUCUGCCAAUGCCUGCAGGCACUUUUCCACUCAUGCGAGCAGCCAACGCCCACACCAGGUUGACCAUGAUUAUGAGGAAAGUCGUGCGCUACAUCUACCCUCUCAAGUCCCUAGACAACUCGAAAGCCGAGCCGGUAUAUAGCAUCAGUCACAAGAAGAUCCGCGAGCUCGAAAAGGACCUGCAGAAUUGGAUGGAUGAAUUGCCAAUGGAAUUGAGACCGUCGGACAAUUGCGGACGUGAGCUUGAAAGGGUCCAGCAACACCUACGCAUGGGGUAUGCCCACGUCCAAAUGAUGGUCUAUCGCCCGUUUGUUCAUUAUGUAUCUCAAGCAUGCCAGGCGAGAAACGUGGACAAACGAAGCUUUGCUUGCGCUGCAGCGUGUAUCAGCGUUGCCAGGAACAUCGUCCACAUAAUGAGCGAGAUGAAGAGGAGGGGGUUGCUGGUAGGAUCCUACUGGUUUUUCAUGUACACGACAUAUUUCGCCAUCCUGUCCCUCGUAUUCUUCGUCAUCGAAAAUCCGAAUAAUUCCACCAGCAAUGAGAUCCUGAAAGAUGCAUUGGAAGGGAGAGAUACCCUGGCGAGCUUAGCGAAGCGAAGUAUGGCUGCCGACAGGUGCACGGUCAGCCUGACGGGACUUUUCGAUGUCCUUCCAGAAAAACUAAAGGAACGGCGAAGUUCACUGAAUCUGGCUCCAGCAAGCGCUCGAAAGCGGCCUUCGCCAGGAUCUGAAGCAGGCCUACUGCAGGAAAGGCAGACUUUGCCCGACCUUGGCGCUCCGGUAAGCUCCAGAGAGCAAUCAGGAACACCCAGCAGGGCGAGGACGCUCCCAUCAGACUAUCUUGCCAAACUGGCCAAACGAAAGUCUCUCCCGGACGCGGUUCUGUCUUCCUUCCAAGAACAGAUGCAGAAUCCACAUUUGAUGGGUUUUAACAGCCCAUCUGCUUCGUCCCCGCUGUCACCGAACUAUCAGUUCACGCCUCAGAUAGGGAACGCGCAGAUCCCGGAUCUUAAGAGUGUUAUGUUUCCAAGCGACAACCCUUUUGCAUACCCGAGCCAACCAAUGAGUGCACUAGAAUCAGCUGACGGGCACUACCCGUUCUCAGAGGCAAGCAUGACUCCAAACGAGUCAAAUCUGUUUGGGACACCGAGCAGUGGCACGCACCAAAUACCCCAGCAUUUUGGUGGUUAUGACUUUGCUUUUCAGCAGGCCUUGGGCGACAAUCCCAACCUGGCACAACAGUUUGCAGCACAGGGCAACCGAGAUUUCCAUGCCCCCUUUACCGAUUUUCUGGUGCAGAAUGGGAUCGGGCAUGAUAUGAGCCAUCUGGGUGCGAUUCCCAGAUCGACGGAGCCGGGGACCAUGAACGAUCUAAAUGGCACGGCGAACGCAGGUGCAUACUGGAAGAGCAUGGGUGGUGGACAGGGAGGUAUAGGACCAGCGCAAGCGCAAGCGCAGGGCCUGCAGCCGACGAACUUGGAUUAUUUCGGCUCCGAGAGCUGGAACCCGGCAUGGGCGGAGCAGCAAUAUGGACACCGCUUCCGCACCGAAGGUUGA